UGCAACCAUUCACUUAAUACCUUGUCAUCUCUCACCCCCACUCUCUCUCUCUCAAGAACUCCACAACUACUCCCAAUUCACCAUUGAUUAGACAAAUCCCAUCUCAAGAAUUCUUGAGAGAAACCCUUCAUCAUCAUACUUUCAAAACAUAGAUCACACAUAACAGAAACAAACCCAUCAUCGUUUUAACCUCUCAAGACCACCAUAUCCAAGGUUCACAACCUUCAAGAUUGCAGGAAGAACAGGCUAGGGAGGAGAGAACAAGUUAUCAUGGCCUUCUAGACCUCUAUAUAUUUCCUUGUGUUUACUGGUUCGAGUGUUAGCCAUUUUGCCGAUCAGAAGGAGGGUUAGAGAAAAGUAGAGAACUUGGUAGCUGAAAUGGAGCUCUUUCCAGCACAACCAGACUUGUCUCUUCAAAUCAGUCCACCCACCAGCAAACCCACUUCAAAAGCUUGGAGAACAUCAUCAACAGCAUCUGAUCAAGAUCACCAUGAUUUGGAUUUGGGAAAUCUAUGGAAAAGAGCUUUUAACUCUCAACAACUACACCAACAACAGCAACAGCAGCAACAACAUGGCUCAACAAGAAGACCAGAACCCUCUUUCGGGCUUUCCUUGUCGAACCCUAAUAUUCACUCUACAAAUUCCGACCUCACCCAUUUCCACAAUCUCCUCUCUACUCAAAACACCAACACAUCAUCAUCAAAUAUGUAUCCUUACCAACACCACCAACACCAUCAUCAGGCUGGGUUUAGUUCAGAAUUAGGUUUCUUGAGACCUAUAAGAGGAAUUCCUGUUUAUUACCAGAAUACCCCUCCCAAUUUCCCGAUAAUGGCCAAUCCGCAUCAUAAGAACCAACCUUCGUUAGAUUCCUGCACUAAUUCUACGACCACCAGUUCUCUAAUUCAUAACAAUAAUAUUAACAAUAUUGUGCGAUCAAGAUUUUUAUCAUCGAGGUUCCCGUCCAAACGCAGUAUGAGGGCUCCGAGGAUGCGCUGGACGACUACCCUUCAUGCUCGCUUUGUCCAUGCUGUUGAGCUUUUAGGCGGCCAUGAAAGAGCAACACCCAAGUCAGUUCUUGAGCUAAUGGAUGUGAAAGAUUUAACUUUGUCACAUGUUAAAUCUCACUUGCAGAUGUACCGAACAGUAAAGACAACUGAUCGAGCUCCAGUGUCUUCAGGGCAAUCUGAUAUUUACGAGAAUGGGUCAUCUGGGGAUAAUUCUGACGAUAUCAUGUUUGAUAUUCGUAACCCAAGACAGACAGAUCAGUUAUCAACGGAACAUGGAGGAAGGUCUAGUGUUCACCAAGAGAAAGAUUGUCAGUAUGGUCUAUGGAGCAAUUCUUCAAGGGAGGCUUGGUUGCAUGGAGAACAUAGAGAUUCCGAAGGAAACAAACUAUAUCUUGAGAAGGAUAUGAAUUUAAAAGGCCCGCAUUAUGAGCGGUUGUCAGAAGUGAGCUCAUCAAGCCCCAAGAAACCUAAUCUGGAGUUCACUUUGGGAAGACCACACUAGAAUGUGAUGACAAGCGUAUAUUUAUAUAUGUAUUGAAAGAGAAUCAGUACCACUUCAAAUAUGAGGAGAGAAAGGAAAGUAAAGGAAAGAAAAGAAGGAAAAAAGAGCUAAAGAAAGACAAGGAGACAAGAAAGACAGAAAGCAACAAAAGGGUGGAGUGUUUGAAAAGCAGGUCCUUCAUCUCUAAUUUGUGAGAGAUUGAUGUCUGCCCUUUUCAUAAUAUAUAUUACAUUUUCAUCAUAUAAUGUUCUGGGUACGAAGAUAUGAA